GGUACAGGUUUAUUGCUGUCAAAGAAAUGGUGCUUUACACCUCUCCUCUUGUCUCAUUUAACCAUAUCCUCUUUUGAAUUCCAUGCCAUUUCAGUUACCUCUCCAAUUAACCUUGUUAUCAUUGUUGUUUACCGCCCUCCUGGUCCCCUAGGUGACUUCUUGGAAGAAAUGGACACACUGCUUAGUGCUUUCCCUUCUGAUAGCUCCCCCCUGACAGUGCUUGGUGACUUCAACCUCCCCUCUGACAAGCUACAUUCUUCUUCCCUCCUGUCUCUUCUUGACUCAUUCACACUCACACUCAACAGCUACAUCCCCACACACAAAGGAGGCAAUGUGCUGGACCUGGUUUUCACCCGUCCUUCUCCAGCUACAGACGUGACUGCUACCCCACUACACGUCUCUGAUCAUCACCUGGUAUCCUUUACCAUCACUCUCCCUACCCUACCUAAAACUACCUCUCACCCCCUCGCUCUAACCCGCCGCAACCUUUACUCUGUCUCCCCUUCUUCUGUAGCUUCUGGCACUCUUUCUUCCCUUCCUGAUCCUGAGUCUUUUUCCUCACUGCCCUUGGACUCGGCCACAGAUACUUUCCUCUCAUCUCUUUCCUCAACUAUGGACUUCCUCUGCCCUAUGUCCACUAAACCCAAGAAAACUUCUUGUUCUGCUCCUUGGCUUUCAGAUGUGCUGCGCAACAAUCGAAGAGAGCUAAGAUCAUCAGAGAGAAAGUGGAAGAAAUCACAACUUGAUGCAGAUCUUGAUUCUUACCGAACACUCAUGGCCAAGUUCUCCUCAGAUGUGACUUCUGCCAAGACUUCCUUCUACAAGGAAAAGCUUGAAGCUUCCUCACAUGACCCUCGGAAAUUCCACAACAUCAUCUCUUCUCUGCUCAACCCCCCGGCUCCACCUUCUUCAUCCUCCCUGACUGCAGAAGACUUUGCUUCUUUCUACCAGGAGAAGAUUGAGGAAAUCUGCCGGACCUUCACUCCAGCCCCGACUGCACUUACAUCUCAGAGUAUGGACUCCCCUACACCUUUGUUGUCACAUUUCUCAACUGUAACAGCAGAAGAGAUUCUAAAACUCAUCCAGUCUUGCAAUCCUACCACCUGCCCAUUGGAUCCACUCCCUUCCACUUUGCUGCAGACCAUCUCGCAAGACCUUCUGCCCUUCAUUACAACUAUCACCAAUAGAUCCAUAGCAUCUGGUCAGGUACCAACUACCUUCAAGAGAGCAAGGGUUAUUCCCAUCCUGAAGAAACCUGCUCUGGAUCCAUCAGACAUCAAACAACCUCCAAGACCCCAACCAGUCUGGCUUUAAAGCAGCUCAUUCCACAGAG